AUGAAAUUUUACAUUGCUUUGUUCUUCAUGACUGCAUUAAUUGCAAGAAUAAACUGCGGUAGUGAUCCAUUCAGUAACUGCGAUAUUCUACCUGAUGCUGGCUUCCCAUGUUCCGGUUCAAUGGGACCUUCUGAUUCCAUAGUUUAUUACUACUAUGACUUCGUAACUGGUUUCUGUGAAGUUCUUGACUACGAAGGCUGUGGAGGCAACGAAAAUAUUUUCCCAAGUCAAAUUGAAUGUGAAACACAUUGCAUCGUACAAGGAGUUGCACGACCCUUUCCUUAA